UGCAUUUCCGCUGAGUCUUGUUCUUAGCCUUUCAUGAUGGCCGGAGUCUUUUUUUCUUGCCAUCAUUUAAAGCAAGUCAAUUGUAUGGAAUUUCCCAUGUUUCUUCACUUUCUCAUGCAUUUUUCGCGCUCAUGUGGAAACACUUAUAAAAGCAAAUCAACAAUCUGCUACAUCGAUAAUUUUUCGGGACAUAAAUUUACUCACUUGUAGUUGUUUUGGGUCGUAGUUUUAGUGCCGUCGUGCAGUGGCGACGACACAGUGUGCAGACAUAUGGACCAAACCAUAACGCUCACCGAACGGGCUCCGCUCACUUGACCUCGUCGACAUCCGCAGAAUUUUUGUGGUGACAAUCACUGUGGCGACCAUUCUUUCGGCAGUGAUCUUCAUCUGGUAGUCGGCUGAAGGGACGCUGAACGGAUUUUCCGAAAUUCAUUACAGACGAUCUGAAGCUGACCGAUAGAAAAGAGAACAAGUUGUGCAGUUUGUUAUCCACGAGUGCAACUGCUGCUUGAAGAAGGCGCCGGCGAGUCGGGGAGGUAUCGAAAAUCAUCUCUGGACGAGAACACAGAAAAUUUUAGAGAACUAGAACCAGGCGAGAACAGCACAAUGUUGGUUCGGUCUCAUUUGCGACCCUUUUUGCGGACUUCGCCUUUCCUGCAGGCCGGAUCCAAGGAACGCCUGCUUGUGUUGGGCUCCGGUUGGUCAGGGUACCGACUGAUACAAGAUGUGGAUUCGGGAAAGUACCAUGUAAUGGUGGUAUCCCCACGAAACCACUUCCUGUUUACACCACUGCUAGCGUCAGCGUCCGUAGGCGGGUCCGAUAUAGCAAGCAUUUGUUAAGGACCUACUUAUGUUUUUUGUACUAGUAGUGCGUUUUUGUGGUCAUUCUUCAUUUUCUGUGAUUGUUGUAUGUUCUAGAAAGCACGUUUAUCCCUGACUACCUCUAAGAUUGCAAUCCGAUCCGACCGCUUGUCGCGAAAAAGCACGGCCGUUUCUACGAGGCGCGCGCAUUGUCGUUAGACAAGAAAAAAAAGACAGUGAAAUGCCAGACGCUAGACGGACGAGAGUUCCCCCUUUCAUAUUAAGGCUUGCGCUAUUUCACAGCCUUGAACCGGAGGUCUGGAAUGUGAAUGUUUUGUUAGAAGUGAAUCAGACUACAUCAUCUUCUUCAGGAUUUGCUGUGAAAGGAUAUGUGUCCUAGGAUUAGGAAAUCGAUGGCACCUUCGGCCUCUAAUUUAACGACAAGCUGGUGAUAAACAUCGGAUUCCAGGCGAACGAUUUUGGAAUUCCAAAGCUAGGUAUCUUCGAUACUGCAUUUUUAUAGACACUAUUUUUUGUGAUAGGGAUACAACUAGAGGAUGAUUUUGCUUCUGGCGGUUCUGCAACUUAUGAGAUUAUUUUGACUCUUUUACGUACUGGUGGUCGUGAUCACUAUCGUCACAGCAGUUGGAAGUGCUGCAAGAUCGACGUUUUUAGCCUGUACCACUGAUGACUACAUACUCACAUAUCGAAUGUUGAUUCCAUUUACAACAUCCACCAGAGGAGCAUGCUUUUUUCAUGAAGGAGACAGCAGACGCAAAGCGCGUGCUUGACCAUAUAUUGCGUAGUUUCGAAGAGGCGUCGUUUAUCCACCUACUAGACGGUGAUGAGAAUCUCUCAAAGGAAGAAGAGCAGCAGAUUCGAGACGUGCUCUCUUUCGUCGUAGUGGGGGGAGGUGCUUUUCAUCCACUUACCUUGCUUUCCUAAAGGUUUGAGCUGGUUGGAGGAUCCGCGACCUCUUUCUUGGCAUGUUGAUCGAUGAUUCAAGUCUUCACUUCGAAUGAUGCGUUGCUUCGCCUCUCUCACUCUAUUAACUUCCGUCUUAUCCAGCAUUCGCCAUGGAAAUCCAGGUCCAACGGGGACUGAGUUCUGCGCCGAACUGACGGACAUGCUGAAACGAGACAUCGCGAAGCAGUAUCCCCACCUUUCGAAACUGUGGUCAGUGCAUUUGAUCGACGCCCUCCCAGCCCUCCUUUCACCCUUUCAAAAUCGUAUGGCCCCUACCUCCUAGUAAUUCAGUGUCUACGACGAGAACUAGAAGCAAACAGGCAGCAUUGGGGUAUUUAUCCAAGCAGCAUUCUCCAUAUUCAUUAUGAGAAGAUCAUAGCCUGUUGCAACUAGUCAACUCGUCAAUGAAUCAUAAUUCGAAUUAUCAGUUUUUUCUUCGAUGAGGUGCAUGUGUGUUCGAUGUUUUUUUCAAAAUUAGUAAAAUUUGAAUCUUUCAUUUGAGCGAAGCUGCAGACACAUGCUCUGAAUCACUUGCGAGAAAACCAGGGAGUGCAGGUACACUUGGAAGAAUUCGUGGAUAAGGUCGAGUCUCACCGCAUAUAUCUCAAGAGUGGGAAGAGCUUUCCCUUCUCAACGCUUGUCUGGUGUGCGGGCAUCAAGCCUCUUCCUUUCGUUGCUGGGCUAGACCUAGCAAAGUUAUGUGUCGACCUCGAAGUGGUUGUAAUAAGAAGGAUUCGACGAGGAGUAAGUACUCUCUUGUCAAAAGUUGAGUCCCUCAAUCUUGCUGUCCCUUGUUUCAUUCCAAUCAAAAUUAUCAUCGUACUUUGCACCGUUUUUUUUUCCUAGAUUGAAUCUUGUAGAGUUUUGUGCUAGGUAGUGCAUAGCAGGAAAGGAAAUACGGGGAGCUCUAAUGCAGAAUGAAAGAGGAUCACAGCUGUUGACAGACAAGAAAUUGCGGGUUAUUGGAGAAGAGGACAACGGCAUUUUCGCUCUCGGGGACUGCGCGACGAUGCAGGUACUCAACACUUCGCCGAUUUUCAUUCUCCCAUUACAACGCUGUUGAUGUCGGACCAACGGAUUCAUUUUUCUCAAUGCAACGAACUAGAAGUAAAACUAACUUUGAUUCUUGGUAAGCUAAGCUCGGAACGAUCAUCGUUAUUAUCUCCUGCAGUUGUGCGAUAACUGAUUUGAUGCUAACACACAGGGUAUGCCCUUGCCUCAAACUGCACAAAUCGCGACGCAGCAGGCUGGGUAUCUAGCGAGAUGUUUGGACCAGGACACCCCAGAAAUGUGUAAAGAUUUCGCCCACGUCGAUAAGGGCACACUAGCGUACAUUGGUGGGACAUCGGCGCUCUAUAGGGUUCCUGGUACAGAUUAUUCUUCACUUGUCGUGAUUAUGAUUUUCAGUAACAUUUUUUUUUGCACAUACCAAAAUUUUUUGGGUUACAACUAGAAAGAUUAAUGACUGGAGAAAAGAUGUUGGCAGUGACAAGCGGAUUGCCCUGUUUAAAGCAGUGAUGAAUCAGUAAAAUGUGCAGGCUUUCUUCCUUUGCCGAAUCUUACUGGAGUCUUGGGGUGGUUCACGUGGCGCUCAGCGUAUUGGAGCAUGCAGUUGACUUGGAGAAACAAGGCGAUGUUAGCGUGGAACUGGAUUGCAAAUUUCCUCUUUGGACGGGACCUUACACGAAUUGGACGACACAGUACGCCAGUCGGGGACACCUUUGCAGUGGAGCGCAAAGUGUCUGGGGGGGACGAGAAAAAACAGCUACAAAGAAGCUGA